AGUCAAUGAACUGUCAAUUCUCAGCUCAGUCCCUACUCCAUCGCGUCGCGUGUCGUUUGGCCCGCAUAUCAUUACCGUAAAUUAUCAAUCAUAAAAACCUUCCGGAGAGAAAACAAGUGUUCUGUUAUAAUAAGUACGCGAUGAUUCGCCUGUUUUUGGAUGCGUUUUGGAACGAGGAUGUGUGGUUGCCACCCAACACUACGUGGGCAGAUAUAGCGCCCGGUCCGGACAAAACGGUUACCUACACCGAUCAUCGGCAUGUUUUCCUUCCGAUACCCAUGGCCCUGGUGUUUAUAGCUCUACGCUUCGUUUUAGAAAAAUAUGUGUUUGCUCCAUUUGGCAAGUCACUAGGCAUUAAGGAUGGUAGAAAUAAGAAAGCCGCACCCAAUCCUAAACUGGAAGCCGCCUACAGGGCCAACCCUGCCUCUAAAAAGUUGGCAGCCCUAGCGAAGCAGACCGAUAUGUCAGAGCGGCAGGUUGAACGCUGGUGGCGCCUCCGUCGGGCCCAGGACAAGCCGUCCACGCUCGUCAAGUUCUGCGAGAACGCGUGGAAGUGCUCCUUCUAUGUCUGCAACUUCGUGUUCGGGAUAGUUAUACUGUGGAACAAGAAGUGGCUAUGGGAUAUAGACCAUGCUUAUAUAGGAUAUCCGCAUCAGGGCCUAACGACCGACGUGUGGUGGUACUACAUGAUCUCCUCCGCCUUCUACUGGUCGCUCACCAUAUCGCAGUUCCACGACGUCAAACGGAAGGACUUCUGGCAGAUGUUCGUCCACCAUCUGGCCACCAUCAUGCUGUUGUCCUUCAGCUGGAUCUGCAAUCUGCACAGGAUAGGAACGCUAGUUCUGCUGGUGCAUGAUUGUGCUGAUAUAUUCGUUGAGGCGGUGAAGGCCACAAAGUACGCGAACUAUCAGAGGACAUGCGACACGCUGUUCCUGGGGCUCAUCGUCACUUGGAUCACCACGAGGAUCUUCAUCUACCCGUACUACAUCAUCUGGAGCACGCUGAUUCGAGCGCCGAUGCUCCUACCCAUGUUCCCGGCCUACUACAUCUUCAACUCGCUGCUCUGCCUACUGCUCGUUUUGCACGUGGUGUGGACGUGGCUUAUACUACAGAUCGCCUACAAGGCCAUAUAUGCUGGAAAGAUGGACGGAGACAUCCGCAGCAGUUCAGAUGAGUUGAGCGACAGCUCCAACCGCUCCAACGGCACGGUGCGACCUCACAAAGACUAAUAACCCGAGGAUCGCGCUGGAAACCAGGACAAGCUGGUCUGUACAUUUGGUACAGUUUCAUUUUCACACCUAUCGUAUUAAAUGCUGGCCGUUUUGCUCGUUUGCUUGUAACUUGAAAACAGAAAUCCCUUCAAUCUUUUGAGAAGACACUUCCGCCUGUUUUGCAAGUUACAUUUGAAAACAGCCCUGUGCUGUAAUAUAUUAUUACAGUACAUAUGGUGUUACUUUACCGCACUAGUGCGAUAAUUAGCACAUUACGUAACUUUGUCGAAAAUUUAAAGGGUCAUAUGUACUGUAAAACGUACGAUACAUGUGCGAAUAGGUAAUUCGCAACUCGUCUCGAUUUAAAACACUCCCUUUGGUCGCCAUUCGUUACGAAUUUCCUAUUUUUCGCACUUGUAUCGUAAUGUACUAUACUCUGUAUCUUUUGAUAUUUAAAAGAAGGUAAACCAAAUCUACCCUCAAAUGGCUCCUUAAGUCAGUUGAGGGUAGAUGAAAACAUUACACGAUCAAAUAAUGUAGGUUAAAGUCAGGUCGUUCAGUGACAGAUCUAGGCGGUUUUGUAUUUGGUUGGUUAACCAAUAAAUGUUAUAACUACCCGAAAAUGUACAAAUUGUUUACUUUUAUUUAAAUACCUAAAGAUACAUACUAUAAAUAUUUCUUCAUUACAACAUUUUUUGCCUCGGCAAUAUUAGACUUUUUUAUUGCUUAAUAUAAUAUUUUGCGACACACAUAAGUAUUGCCGAGAUGCAUAACAAUUAUUUGUAGUAUCUACUACAAUCAUGUUAUCUGCCUGUUUAGCUAACAUGCCAAUCGUUUACGCUCCGUAGUGUAUCUCUCUCUUUCACCCUUCCAUAUUAGUACGACUGUGACAAGAACAGUUGCGGUUCGUUCGCUACGAAGCGUUACCGAUUGGCAUGUUGGCUACGCGGGCUGUAUAGAAAAUUAUGUACAUUAGUACUUUGUCACAAUGACAAAUAUAAUAGUUAUUUUGUAUUAUUCUAACCCUCUUAUUCAUAAACAUCUACUAAAGUUGACAAGCCGCUAAUAAUCGUUUGUCCCUUUCCAUCAUACCAAUACGUCGGAAUGGGACAAAUGAUUAUUAGCGGCUUGUCAACUUUAGUGGACGUUUAUGAAUAAGGGGGUUACUCGUUUAAAAGGAACUUUUUUGCAUGUCUUUCCAGAUGAAUGACUUAAUAAGUUACAGAAUGUAAAUUAAAAUAAAAUAAAUAACUGAGAUUAUCAAUACUUUUCGUAAGAUAAUAGGGUUGUUUCCAUCUACUUAAAUCUUAGGGCAGAAUUGUAUCCCAAUAAAUUCUUUUGGAUUAUAAGAACAUGUUAAACUACUUUUAGGGGACCUGUAAUGACCAUAUUUUUGUAAAUAUUGAAUUUAAAAUAUCUUUUGGCACACGUCACGUGACCAAACUCGAAACGUCUUUGAAGAUUCUGGUGACGUCACAACUCUCGGAUAGACACUGUUGACAGUUAGGCGAUAAACAACAAAUGACAAAUGUCAGUUGACAGCUCGUAUCUUCUACGUGUGUAUGUAGUUAUGUGUCAAACCGUAAACUGUGACGUCACACAAUUUACAAAGAGCGUUUUGGGCGCGAAAGCAUCCGUCAAAUUAUAUUUUGUUAAUUUAACAGUUUAGUAUAAAAGUUGAAUUUUAGGGCAACUUUUAGUUAAUAUAGAACGUAAUACAAGCGUUUCAAAAAAUUGGAAACAACCCUAUUACAAGACCACGGUUCUUCUUGUACCAGUUUUCGAUGCUUUUAAAACACUGUGUAGAGUUUCUUCCACGAUUUUUUUAAACUUGUACCGAUUUAGUGUAAAGAUGUUUUCCGACAUGCAUUUUUAGGAAACGUAGUUGAUACUUGAGAGUAUAGUUUUGUACAGUUAUGGAAUUGCAUUUUUGAAAGCGCCUUGACAUUUGAUGGUGUCGAAAUAUGUUGUGCAUCUCUUUCUGUUUAAUGAAUUAAAUGAUGCGUGCGACAAAGAUAGGUAAUGUUAAGCCGUGCGAUAAGUUAUGUUAUAUAUGCUACUGUUUAUAUAUUUGUAUAAACAGUGUAUUUCUAUUGUAUUUUUUAAGGUUUGUUUUAAGUAGUAGCGUAUUUGAAAAUGCAAUUUCGUCUACUAAAUAUACCAAAUGUAAGAGCUAGCUAUAUUUAUCGCGGCUGGGACCAUUUAGUCGGUUUUAGUUGUUUUUCUACUUAUAUACAUAUGUAAGGUCCACAAUAUAAAUAAUGUAACGAACAGCAGAUUGAUUUAAAGAUAAUUACACACAUUUCUUCCCCAA